AUGAGUCCCGCGCUAAGGCCCACGCCGCCGCAGCUCUCGCUGGUCCCGGCAUCUCAACCGCGCCUCUCGUCCAGGCCCAGCCCGGGCUCGCCGGGCCCACGUCCGCGGGCCCGCAUCCGGGAUGAUGCAACCGCAAAUAUCGCGCUCGCCUGUGCCUCAGCUCUCGGCCCCGCCAAUCUCUUAUCCCAGGUCGUCCACCCGCCGGCGCCGGGGCAGAUGCCGGGUUUCUCAGGCCAGCCCCCGUCAGUCGGCCAACGCCCACCAACGACUGUGCCGGUUCAGUUCGCUGCCAGUCCUGGGGCUGCUCCACCGCCGUUCCCGGUGCCGCCACAGAUGCUGAGGGUCGCUCCGCCAGUGAUGCGGUCUGGUAUGCCUGCUUCACUGCCGCCAAGGCCAGGGAUGCCACUGCCGCCAAGGCCAGGGAUGCCACCACCGCCAGGUGGGCCGGUGCCUAUGUUUGCUCUAGCAAGACCUGGAAUGCCACCACCACCUCCGCCCCGAAAUCAACAGUGA